UUUUAGCCUCCUUCAGCCAGUGUCAAAGCAUAAAAAGACUUGUAUCAGCCAGUGCUCAAGCAGGAAAGUGUAGCAUUUCUUACAGCCCUUUGUCAAAAGACCAACCUUCCCUCUCGCACCACGCUUCCCAGCUGACAUGAGCCUGUGUUUGUUUAUAUAUCCAUCCUCUAGAAGACUCAGUGUCCUGAUGACAAUUAGACAUGAGACAGCAGGGAUUCCUAUUGUGGGGUAAGUGUAUAAUGUCAGUCUUAAUUGCUAGAAGCAGCUGUACGGCUGCUGGAUGACAAUUCAGACACCAUCCACAGUUCAUUUCUCGCAGUCGGAGAAGAUGGAAAUGUUUUCCCUGUUAUGUCUGACACAUUCAGCAAAGUUCUUAAGCACUUACCUGACUUUGAACAAAUGAAUAGUUCCAGUGACUGCAUAUGCUUAAAGUUAGGCAGGCGCUUAAGUACCUUGCUGAAUCAGGACCUUGAUUCCAAACACUGCCUAGACCUCUACAGAAACCAUGAAGGCAAAUACAGUAAAUCAAAUUCAUUGCUGCUACUGUUAACUUUCUUUAUCAUUGCAGGGCAAAGAUCCUCCAGCUUACUCACAGACACUGGGAUUUUCCCAACUUUAGCUCAAAUUCUCAAAGGCAAUCCAAGGUGUGCAAUAAAGGCAGCCCAGGUGAUUGCAGAGAUAGCAAAGAAUGAGGAAAUGAAGAAGCCAUGUAUCGAUGCAGGUUUGGUUCUAGCUUUGGUGCCUCUGCUGGAAAGCACGGACCAAGAGAUGUUGCUUCAUGCUGGGAGAGCCAUUGGCCGCAUCUGCUAUGAAAACAGUGACCUUCAGGAGCAGUUGGUGGAGGCAGGAGUGAUCACAUCACUGGUCAGGAUAUUAACUGACUACCCAGACAGUGAGCCACUUGUCCAUGUCAACUUGUUGGCCUUAUGCAAUCUUGCAAACCUAGAGAUAGCUAAGGAGGCGCUAAGCAAGACAAAGGUUACUGAACAUCUAGUGAAGCAGCUGAGAAGGGCAGAGAAUCAUCAGAGGAUAGAAACCAUUACUGAGGUUCUACAGCUGCUAGCAGAGAAUGAUGCUUUGAAAGUGCAAAUGGUAGAGGCCGGUGUGCAUGAGGCACUUUCAGAGAUCCUGCUGAGGCUCCAGGGCAGUUCACAGGCAGAAGAUAUGUGCAGUGUGAAGGCUGCAUCAAAUCUCAUUGUCUCUCUGCUCCUUGGAGAUGAAUCCAUGCAGAAGAUGUUUGCUAAUGGAUGUGGCAUUAUUUACCAGAAGGUUGGUACCUGGCUUGCAUCCAAUCACCCCCAGCUGCAGCUGACAGGAGCACUGGCUGUUGCUAACUUUGCCAGGAAUGAUGGCAACUGCGUACGGAUGGUGCAGCUGGGAGUGGUACUUCAGCUUUUGGACCUUUUAGAGCAACACGUGGACAAUGGGGACGUUUCUGUCCAACAUGCUGCACUGAGUGCCCUUCGAAAUCUUGCUAUCCCAGUUGCUAACAAGGUUCAGAUGCUGGAGGAAGGCGUAGCAGAGCGGAUCCAGAUGCUUUUGAGAUCAGAGAUGGCUCCUGUGCAGUUUAAACUUCUUGGAACACUGCGGAUGUUAAUAGAUGGUCAAGCUGACACUGCAGAGAUGCUGGGACAGGACCCCCUGCUGAUCAACAGACUUGUGCAAUGGUGCAAUGCCCAGGAACAUGCUGGUGUUCGUGGAGAAGCAAACCGAUUGCUGGCAUCACUCUUGCGGCACAGCAGAUCCCAAGAAGUGGUCAAAGCCAUCCAGCAGGCACAAGGAGUGAAGCACCUGGUUUCCAUGACAACAAGCGAACAUGUUAUCAUGCAGAAUGAAGCUCUGAUUGCACUGGCCAUAGCAUCUGCAAUUCAUUUAGAAGUCAUCAAAGAUUCACUUAAGGAGUCAAGGCUAGUUCAAAGCUUACAUAAGCUUCUACAAGAUGAGUGCACAGGUCCUGAGGUGAAAUAUAAUUCGAUGGGCCUCCUGUGCAGCCUUCUUAAUUCAGGUGAUUUGAAACAAGAAGUAGAAGAGGACAACAUUAAAGAAACCUUGGAAAAACUUUGUAGCCAUAGCAAUGCAAAUGUGGUCAAGCAGGCUGUAAUGACCCUCCAGAUACUGAGAGAUGAGAGUCAAAACACUGGCUUUGUUUCUCCAUAG